AGAGAGAGAGAGAGAGAGAGUACUUCUAUUCAUUUCACGCAUUGAUUCAUGUCACAGGGUUUUUAUAUAUCGCCUCAGUUCCUUCCUUUCCCAUCUUCAAUCUGUCUAUAUAUAUGUAUCCAAUUUUCAGUAUUUAUAGGUUGACGUUGAAAUUGAGUUUCAACCCUGGGGAGUGCUAACUGCGCUGUUAUUAAGUGUAAUUGAGUUGAUUAGAUUCUGUCGAUGUUCGAAAUGGAUACUGUUUCGUCGCCGAAAUCCUGCAUUAAAGCUCAUCGCCGUCGCGUUCUUCAGAGGCUUUCACGACUUGGAGUCCCUGAGGAGUAUCUGAAUCAAGGACAGAUUGGUCUGGUUGCCUAUGCAAAGAGAAACAGAUUUCUUAUAGCAGAGUUGGUCUCCUCUAUUUUGCCUACGCAAAAGGAUGCAAUGGGGGCUUCUUUGGAGCCUCUUGAUGGCAUAAAAGAAGACGAUGAAAAUAUAUUUCGUGAAAGUAUGGUUUGGUUGAUGUGGUUGAUGUUUGAAGGUGAGCCAAACAUUGCUAUGGAUCACCUGGCUAAAAUAAGUGCUAGUCAGCGUGGUAUUUGUGGAGCUGUUUGGGGAAGCAACGAUAUUGCAUACCGCUGCCGGACUUGUGAGCAAGAUCCAACUUGUGCAAUAUGUGUUCCCUGUUUUGAAAAUGGAAACCACAAGGACCAUGAUUACUCUGUGAUAUAUACAUCUGGUGGGUGCUGUGACUGUGGAGAUAUUACUGCAUGGAAACGUGAAGGGUUUUGUUCAAAACACAAAGGUGCGGAGCAGAUACAACCUCUUCCAGAGGAGUUCGCUAAGUCUUUGGGCCCUGUUCUGGAUGCUUUACUUAGUUGUUGGAAACAGAAGCUAGUUUUUGCUGGAAUCAACUCCAAAGAAAGUCUUAGAGCAUCUGAUAUUGUUGCUGAGCUCCAACACACUUCAGAUGAGUUGACAUCGGCCGUGGUGGAGAUGCUACUUUACUUUUGUAAACACAGUGAAAGUUUACUUUGUUUUAUUUCUGGCAGAGUAUACUCUUCAGUUGGCUUGUUGGAGGUUCUAUUGCGGGCAGAGAGGUUCAUUACUGAUGGUGUCACUGGGAAGCUCCAUGAACUACUUCUGAAAUUGCUGGGUGAACCUCUAUUCAAAUAUGAAUUUGCGAAAGUGUUCAUAGGCUAUUAUCCAACUGUUAUUAAUGAAGCAAUAAAAGAGUGCAGUGACACUGUCUACAAAAAAUAUCCUCUGCUAUCACUAUUCUCUGUGCAAAUUUUUGCAGUUCCUUCCCUUACUCUGCUCCUUGUAGAUGAUAUGAACUUGCUGUCCAUGUUGUUUGAAUGUUUAGGAAAUAUAUUCAUUUCUUGUGCGGGAGAAGAUGGGAGGCUGCAGGUUGCUAAAUGGGCAAGCUUAUAUGAAAUUACUUUUCGUGUGGUUGGGGAUAUUCAAUUUGUCAUGACUCACUCUAUUGUACCCAAAUAUCUAUAUCAAGGUCAAUGGGAUCUAGUAAGAAUGUGGAUGAAACUUUUGGCUUUUGUGCAAGGAAUGAGCGCUCAAAAGCGAGCAACAGGCAGUCACAUAGAAGAAGAAGAUGAGAAUAUACAGUUACCUUUUUUCUUAGGUCACUAUGUAGCAAAUAUUCACUCUCUUUUAGUGGCUGGAGCAUUUUCAGUGACUAGUGUUGAGGAGACCAACGAACAAGCUUUCUUCAGUACGUCUAAAACAGAAUUUGAAGACCAGGAUAGCGUAAGACAUGCUAAAGUUGGAAAGCUAUCACGCGAAAGCUCUGUGAGUAGUAUAAAAGGGAAGAGUACAUUGAGUCAUGCUUCCAGCAAUGCUGAGCUAAAUAUUGGUAGUUUCCCUAUUCCAUCUUCUGCUUUGUGGUUAACAUUUGAGUGCUUGAGGGCUAUUGAGAAUUGGUUGGGAGUUGAUAACUUAGUGAGGCCUCUUGGUGUCUUAUCUCCAAAAACAAUUGAAGGCUCUGUUGAUAAUUUUUUUGCAUUUAGAAAAACACUAUCUAAGUUUAUAAGAGAUAAGGAUAUUUUUAAAUCAUAUGCUGCUCCUUCUAACGGUAAGCUUACAAAUUCGAGUGAAGUUCUUGGUAAACAAUGUUCAUUACCAUCCAAUAGCAGUGUACAUGUUGGUGUUGGCUUGGAGCAUGGCCGAUACAUGGGACUAGAUGCUGCACCUGGUGGUUCUGAUGACAAUAUGUUGGAAGGAGAAAGUGCGGCAGAGUUAGAAGGCCUCCAAGCUCUCAGUUUGUCCGAUUGGCCCGAUAUCAUAUAUGAUGUUAGUUCACAGGAUAUUUCAGUUCAUAUUCCAUUACACCGAUUACUUUCAAUGAUCUUGCUGACUGCACUGAAACAAUGUUAUGGCGAGUCUGCACUAUCAAGUCUGGUAAAUGCCAGUUCUGCCGAUCCAUCAUCAGCUCCAUAUGGGAACUUCUUUGCCAAUAUUUUAGGAGGUUGCCACCCAUAUCGAUUUUCUGCUUUUCUGAUGGAGCAUCCUCUGCAAAUUAGGGUGUUCUGUGCAGAGGCUCAUGCUGGAAUGUGGCGUCGGAAUGGUGACGAUCCCAUAAUAUCUAUAGAGUGUUACCGUUCAGUACGCUGGUCUGUACUUGGUCAAGACCUUGAUCUUUUCUUGCUGCAGUGUUGUGCUGCAUUAGCUCCACCUGAUCUUUAUGUCAAGAGGAUCUUAGAACGUUUUGGACUAUUGGACUAUCUGUCUCUGAAUCUUGAACAGUCUAGUGAGCAAGAACCAAUUCUAGUUGUUGAAAUGCUUACUGUACUCAUACAAAUAGUGAAAGAGAGAAGGUUUUGUGGGCUGAGUACCACUGAAUGUCUGCAAAGAGAGUUGGUAUACAAGCUUUCUAUUGGAGACGCUACUCGCAGUCAGUUGGUGGAAUCUCUCUCUUCUGAUCUUUCCAGAAUUAAUGAACUUCAGGAAACACUGGAUACAAUUGCAGAAUAUUUCAAUCCAUCUGGCAUGACUCAGGGAAUGUAUAAACUGCGAUCUGCAUACUGGAAGGAACUUGAUCUAUAUCAUCCUCGCUUUAACUCUAGGGAUUUACAAGCCGCUGUAGAAAGAUAUUUCCAUGUUUUCAGUGCUUCUGCAUUGACCACUCAGCUUCCUAAAUGGACAAAUAUUUAUUACCCUCUCAGGGUAAUUGCUCAAAUAGCAACUUGCAAAAUAGUCCUCCAAACUGUCCGAGCAGUACUGUUUUAUGCUGUUUUCACGUAUAAGCUUGCCAAAUCACGUGCUCCUGAUGACGUUGUUUUGGCUGCUCUGCAUUUGCUGGCACUAGCACUGGACAUCUGUCGAUUAAAAAGGAAAUCCGGUGAUCUGCUCUGUGAUGUGGGUAGUGCCAUUCCCCUUUUGGGAUUUGCCUGUGAAGAAAUAUGCACAAAUAAGUAUGGUGACCAGAGUAUGAUAUCGCUUCUUGUCCUAUUGAUGAGGAUACAUGAUAAAGAAAAAGCAAAGAACUUUAUGGAAGCUGGCAAUUUCAAUCUCUCUUUGUUGAUCAGAGAUAUAUUGAAGGAGUUUGCGGAGUUUGAACCUGGAUGCAUGAUUAAAUUGCAGAAACUUGCUCCUGAACUGGUAAAUCAACUUUCACAAUCCAUAGCAAAUGGUGAUAUAAAUGAGAUGGCAUCUGCUUCUGACAGUGAAAAGCACAAAUUGAAGGCUAGAGAAAGACAAGCUGCUAUUUUGGAGGAAAUGAGAGCCCAGCAGAGCAAGUUUUUGGAAAGCAUUAAUUCCAAUGCAGAUGAUGACGUAGAUGAUACCAAAUCUGGGCAAGACUUGUGUGAUUCUCGUGUUAAAAACAAUUCUGAAGAGUUGGCUCAAGUCAUUUGUUCUCUUUGCCAUAGUCAGAGUUCCAGCAGUCCUGUAUCAUUUUUGGUUCUUCUCCAGAAAUCCAGGCUCUUGAGUUUGGCUGAGAGAGGCCCCCCUUCAUGGGAACAAAUUAGCAGCUCAGGGAAGGAGCCUGUUUCUAAAAGUACAACCACAGGUGAUGAAUUAUCCCAAAGGAGCAGUAUCUCUGUUGGCUCAGGAACUAUCUCUUCUUCUCAGUUAGUGGAUGUGAUUCAGAAUGCUGUAAAUGAUUUUGCUUUGUUGGGACAACCCAGGGAAGUGAAAGCCUUUCUUGAAUUUAUCAGGGCUCGAUUCCCAUCCAUUAAGAAUGUUCAGCUCCCUUACAUAUCAAAAGAUACAAGGGAGAAAACUGUAUUCUCCCUUGAGACAUUGGAAGAACAUAUGUACUUGAGAAUUAGGGGAAAAAGUCAUGCCAUUUUAAAGGACUCAGAUUCUGGAAACAAUGAUGAAAAUUUUUCAAUAACUGGAGGCAAUCUGGAAAGUAGUGGCAAUGCUGAAUCUCUUUUGCUUGGAAAAUACAUUGCCGCACUUCCGAAAGAGACAUUGAAGAAUCCUUUAGCUUCAGAAAAUGUCCAUUCUCACAGUGACAGGGCACGGUCUGAAUCCGAUAGACUACAUCCAGAAGACGAUGGAUUUGGUCCCAUCGGCACUGACGGAAUUUGUAUUUCUUCCUGUGGACAUGCUGUGCAUCAAGGAUGUCUUGAUCGUUAUUUAUCAUCUCUUAGGGAAUGGUAUGGCAGUAGAAUUUUCCGUGAAGGAGGGCACAUUGUGGAUCCAGAGCAGGGGGAGUUCCUCUGUCCUGUCUGCCGUGGACUUGCAAAUUCUGUGCUUCCGGUAUCCUCCAGAGACUUGAGAAGGAUUUCUCAGCCAUCCGCUUUUUCAACUGUUGACUCUACGUACGCUAAUAGCCCUUCAACAUCACCUGAGAGAGAUGCCAGUUCACUUCGUCUCCAAGAUGCUUUAUCUAUCUUAAAAAGCGCAGCUGAUGUUGCUAUAAGUAACGAGAUUCAAAAUGUUUUUCCAGUGCAGCAAAAUGUGGGGAUAAGGCCAGAUCUUGAACCUAUACUCCGUGUAUUAUCUGGAAUGUACUUUCCAGGCCAAGAUAAGAUGUUAGGAUCCAAUAGGAUAAGUCAUGCAAUAGUUUUAUGGGAUGCACUAAAGUACUCCAUCAUAUCAGCCGAAAUUGCUGCUCGAUCUAGAAACAAUUCGUCCCGUGCAAAUUACAGCCUCAGUGCUUUAUACAAGGAAGUCAACUCCUCAAAUGGUUUUAUAUUAUCCUUGUUACUAAAUGUCGCACAAAGCUUGCAAACAGAGAAUUCACUUUGUGUCCUUCUAAGACUAAGAGGCAGUCAGCUCUUUGCUGAAUCCAUUUGCUCUGGCACUUCUCCAAAUAAAUAUCCCGGCUAUAGGUGGAAACAAGGAGGUAAUAUGCUGUAUAUUCUGGAAAAUGCUGAAGCAGAAGUACAAUAUCCAGACAUCAAGUUUUGGGAACAUGUGUCCGAACCUGUCCUUGCACGAGAUGCAUUUUCGUCAUUAAUGUGGACAUUCUUCUGUCUUCCACGGCCAUUUUUAUCGUGCAAGGAGUCCUACCUGUCUCUUGUGCAUGCUUUUUAUGUUGUUAAUGUAACUAAGGCCAUAAUUACUAAUUGCAAAAAGUGGCGAUAUGAUAGAAGUGACUUUGGAAGCCAUGAUUGCUUGAUUGCUGACAUCUACAAAUUUAUAGGUGAACAUGGAGAAGCUCAGCAAGAUUGUGAUCCUAACAAUAUAAAUCCUGCUUAUGACGUCAAGGACGCAAUCCGUAGCCUGAGCUUUCCUUACUUGCGUAGAUGUGCAUUCCUUUGGAAACUAAUAAACCAUUCUAAUCCAGUGCCAUUUAGCGAUGAGGCUAACCAGUUGGAUGCACAGUUAUAUGCGGCCGGAGAUGUGGAGGGUGAUAACAUUGAGCUUUCUGAGGUUGAGAAACUUGAGAAGUUGUUCAGUAUCCCCCCACUUGGUGUCAUUAUUGGUGAUGAAAAUUCACGGUUGGUAGCCUUGAGAUGGCUGCAUCAUUUAUUUGAUAGGUCAAAAGCUCAUAAAUUUUUCAGUGUUCUGAAAUGUACGCCUGCAGUCCCAUUUAACUUGAUGCUUUUGCCUCGUCUUUACCAGGAUCUAUUGCAGAGGUACAUUAAAAAACAUUGCCCUGAUUGUGGAACUGUUCCGGAGGAGCCUGCAUUGUGCUUGCUUUGUGGUAAAUUGUGCUCUCCAAACUGGAGGACAUGCUGCAGGGAAAAUGCUUGUCAAACUCAUGGAAUGGCCUGUGGUGCUGGUAUUGGGGCGUUCCUAUUGGUUAGAAGAACUACUAUCUUGCUUCAGAGAUCUGCACACCAGACACUUCGACCAUCCCCCUAUUUGGAUGCAUUUGGUGAAGAGGUAAACUGGUUCUUCCAAGAGCUUUUUUUUUCCUCCGAUUGUCUCCAUGGAUUCUUAGCAAGAAAGAAAUCUCCUGACAUUGAGGAAUAUCUUAUUGCUGGAUUAUUACUUAAUAGUUUUUACAUGGCUAAAGGUUUUAUUAUAUCAAAAUCUUGA